AUGGCACACAUCUACGACAUUGGGACGCGGGCAUGGCAGCCCGACACCACCGAGGGCUGGGUCGCCUCGGAGGUUGCAGACAAGCAGAUUGACGGCGACAAGGUCAAGCUGCUCUUCCAGCUCGAGAACGGCGAGACCAAAACCGUCGAGACCACGCUGCUCGCCAUCCAGACCGGCAACGACCCCAAUCUGCCGCCGUUGAUGAACCCGGCCAUGCUCGAGGCCAGCGACGACCUGACCAACCUGUCACAUCUCAACGAGCCGGCCGUGCUCCAGGCCAUCAAACUGCGCUAUCUGCAGAAUGAAAUCUACACCUACUCCGGUAUCGUCCUGAUCGCGACAAACCCCUUCGCACGCGUCGACUCGCUCUAUGUCCCCGGCAUGGUGCAGGUCUACGCCGGCAAGCAGCGUUCCUAUGGCGCUCCUCACUUGUUCGCCAUCGCCGAAGAAGCCUUUGCCGACAUGUUGCGAGACCAGAAGAACCAGACCAUUGUGGUUUCUGGAGAAUCGGGUGCGGGUAAGACCGUCAGCGCCAAAUACAUCAUGCGAUAUUUUGCGACACGCGAAUCGCCCGACAACCCCGGCAAGCGGAGGGGCAAGAUCGACUCCAUGAGCGAGACGGAAGAGCAGAUUCUGGCAACCAACCCCAUCAUGGAAGCUUUCGGUAACGCCAAAACCACGCGAAACGACAACUCGUCCCGUUUCGGUAAAUACAUCGAGAUCAUGUUCAACAAGCAGACGGAUAUCAUCGGCGCGAAGAUCAGGACAUACUUGCUCGAACGGUCGAGGUUGGUGUUCCAGCCGCUCAAGGAGCGGAAUUACCACAUCUUCUACCAGCUCGUUGCAGGUGCUACCGACGCCGAGCGAGAGGAGCUGUCGCUGAAGCCCGUCGAGGACUUUAGCUAUCUCAACCAGGGCAGCGCACCCAUCAUCGACGGCAUGGACGACAAGGCCGAGUUCGAGGCGACUAAGAGCUCUCUGACAAAGAUUGGUGUUCCGCAGGCGACCCAGGCCCAAAUCUUCCGCCUUCUUGCGGCUCUGCUGCACAUGGGAGAUGUCAAAAUCACAGCGACACGCACAGAUUCCAAUCUGGCCCCUGACGAGCCUGCGUUGGUCAAGGCUUGUGGCCUCCUUGGGAUAGAUGCAAACAAUUUUGCCAAAUGGACCGUCAAGAAGCAGUUGAUCACAAGAGGAGAGAAAAUUGUCUCGAAUCUGACACAACAACAAGCCGUGGUCGUACGAGAUUCCGUCGCCAAGUUCAUCUACUCGAGUCUCUUCGACUGGCUGGUCGAGCGUACAAACGAAAGCUUGGCUACAGAGGAGGUUAUCACGCACGCCCAUUCCUUCAUUGGUGUGCUGGAUAUCUAUGGUUUCGAGCAUUUCGCAAAGAACUCGUUCGAACAGUUCUGUAUCAAUUACGCCAACGAGAAGCUGCAGCAAGAGUUCAACGCUCACGUCUUCAAGUUGGAGCAGGAGGAAUACAUGAGGGAACAGAUCGACUGGACUUUCAUUGAUUUUGCUGACAACCAGCCUUGUAUCGAUUUGAUUGAAGGCAAGCUCGGUAUUCUGUCUUUGCUGGACGAGGAAUCGCGUCUUCCCAUGGGCUCAGACGAGCAGUUCGUCACUAAGCUGCACCACAACUACUCCGGAGACAAGCACAAGUUCUAUAAGAAGCCGCGAUUCGGCAAGUCCGCUUUUACUGUCUGCCAUUACGCUGUAGACGUGACAUACGAGUCCGAUGGCUUCAUCGAGAAGAACAGGGACACCGUGCCGGACGAGCACAUGGAAGUGCUCAAGGCCUCGUCUAACAAGUUCCUGGCCGAGGUUUUGGAUGUUGCAUCGCAGAUUCGCGAGAAGGAGACCGCCGCCAGCACCUCAGCAAAGGCUGGUACCACAAUGUCAGCAGGCCGCAGGAUGGCAACGAACAGGAAACCCACCCUCGGAGGCAUCUUCAAGUCUUCUCUUAUCGAGCUCAUGUCCACCAUCAACUCGACGGAUGUCCACUACAUUCGAUGCAUCAAGCCCAACGAAGCCAAGGCAGCCUGGCAAUUCGACGGUCCUAUGGUUUUGAGUCAAUUGCGCGCUUGUGGUGUUCUUGAGACAGUCAGGAUCAGUUGUGCCGGAUACCCAACAAGAUGGACCUACGAGGAAUUUGCUCUCCGCUACUACAUGCUGGUACAGUCUUCGGGAUGGACACCUGAGAUCCGGGACAUGGCCAAGGCUAUCCUGCACAAGGCGCUCGGCAACAGCAAGAACGACGGAACCGACAAGUAUCAGAUGGGUCUUACCAAGAUCUUCUUCCGUGCCGGUAUGCUUGCGUUCCUUGAGAACCUGCGAACAGCCAGGCUCAACGACGCUGCCAUUAUGAUCCAGAAGAACCUGAGGGCUAAAUACUACCGCCGCAUCUACUUGGAGAUGCGUCAAGCCAUCGUCGCCGUGCAGUCUCUGGCAAGAGGCUACAUGACUAGGGGACGUGCAGAGGAGGCUCGCCAAGUCAAAGCUGCCACCACAAUCCAGAGGGUUUGGCGUGGGUCCAAGGACAGGAAGCGAUUCCACCUGGUGCGACGAUCUGUUAUUCUGUUCCAGGCUGCUGCAAAGGGGUUCCUUUGCCGGAAAAACAUCCUCGACACAAGGCUCGGCAACGCUGCGCGCAUCAUCCAGCGCACCUGGAGGUCACAAAGAUCGCUCAAGGCCUGGAGGCAGUACCGCAAGAAAAUCGUCACGAUCCAGAAGUUGUGGCGUGGAAAGACUGCACGAAAGGAGUACAAGGUUCUUCGUGCCGAGUCUCGCGACCUGAAGAAUAUUUCCUACAAGCUGGAAAACAAGGUCGUCGAGCUCACACAGACGCUUGGCUCCAUGAAGGAGCAGAACAAGUCUCUGAAGCAGCAGGUCGACAACUACGAGAACCAGAUCAAGUCAUACAAGGAGAGGAGCCGAGCGCUGGAGAACAGGCAGAAGGAGCUGCAAGUCGAGGCCAACCAGGCCGGUAUCACUGCAGCCAAGCUGAGUCAGAUGGAAGACGAGUUCAAGAAGCUGCAGACAAACUACGACGAGAGCACUGCCAAGAUGCGACACCUGCAGGAGGAGGAGAAGCAGCUGCGCGCUUCCCUCAAGCAGACCACCGACGAGCUCGACAACUCCAGGAGGAGGAGCAACGUCACCGAGACCGAGAAGACGUCUCUCCGACAGCAACUUGCCGAUCUUCAGGAGCAGGUCGAGCUUAUGAAGCGCUCUGGUCCCAUCCACAGCACGCUGGAGAAUGGCAGCACGCCCAUUGCGGCCAGCAGCCUGAUUAACCUUGUUUCUUCGAAGAAGCCCAAGAGGCGAAGUGCUGGACCCGAUACCCGCGACCUCGACCGCUUCAGCGCUACAUACAACCCCCGCCCUGUCUCGAUGGCCGUUGGCUCGACUGUGCACAGGCAGAACCUGUCCGGCUCGACAUUUGCCCAACUCGAUAACGUCGAGCUUGAGCUCGAGAACAUCCUUGCUGAUGAGGACAUGCUCAACGACGAGGUCACUCUUGGUUUGAUCAAGAACCUGAAGAUCCCAUCUCCCACCACCACACCUCCUCCCACAGACAAGGAGGUCCUCUUCCCCGCCUAUCUCAUCAACCUCGUCACCUCGGAAAUGUGGAACAACGGCUUUGUCAAGGAGUCCGAACGCUUCCUCGCAAACGUCAUGCAGUCCAUCCAGCAGGAAGUCAUGCAGCACGACAGCGAUGAUGCCAUCAACCCUGGCGCUUUCUGGUUGUCCAACGUCCACGAGAUGUUGUCCUUCGUCUUCCUGGCUGAGGACUGGUACGAGCAGCAGAAGACCGACAACUAUGAGUACGACCGCCUGCUUGAGAUUGUCAAGCACGACCUGGAAAGUCUUGAGUUCAACAUCUACCACACCUGGAUGAAGGUACUCAAGAAGAAGCUGCACAAAAUGAUCAUCCCUGCUAUCAUCGAGUCGCAGUCACUGCCCGGUUUCGUCACCAACGAGAGCAACCGUUUCCUCGGCAAGCUUCUCCAGGGCAGCAACACCCCGGCGUACAGCAUGGACAACCUGCUCAGCCUGCUGAACAGCGUCUACAAGGCUAUGAAGGCCUUCUACCUUGAAGACACCAUCAUCACACAGUGCGUGACCGAGCUUCUCCGUCUUGUCGGUGUCACCGCUUUCAACGACCUGCUCAUGCGCCGCAACUUCCUGUCGUGGAAGCGCGGUCUGCAAAUCAACUACAACAUCACCCGCAUCGAAGAGUGGUGCAAGUCGCAUGACAUGCCCGAGGGCACUCUUCAGUUGGAGCACCUCAUGCAGGCGACCAAGCUGCUGCAGCUGAAAAAGGCUACCCUGAACGAUAUUGAGAUCAUUCAGGACAUUUGUUGGAUGCUCAGCCCCAACCAGAUCCAGAAGCUGCUCAACCAGUACCUCAUUGCCGACUACGAGCAGCCGAUCAACGGCGAGAUCAUGAAAGCGGUUGCCAGCAGGGUAACGGAGAAGAGCGACGUGCUGCUCCUCACAGCGGUGGACAUGGAGGACUCCGGCCCGUACGAGAUUGCGGAACCCAGGGUCAUCACCGCGUUGGAGACAUACACUCCUUCUUGGCUGCAAACCCCGCGCCUCAAGCGCCUCGCGGAAAUCGUGUCGCAGCAGGCGAUUGCGCAGCAGGAGAAGAUGGAGUUUGACGGGCCGAGCCCCAACGAGAAUGGCAACGGAGCAAAUGGCUUCCACAAUGGGCAUGAGUCCAUCAUGGAGGAGGUUGGCGCGUAG